ACUAGAAGUGACGAAUAAAAGGCCACAUGGAGAAGCAGCAGCACUGACUUACUUUUGGCACCUUAGUGAUCACCAGUAAGCUCCCAGAUACCAUGGUGCAUUUUACGGCUGAAGAGAAGGCUGCUGUUGUUAGCCUGUGGGCCAAGGUGAAUGUGGAGUUGGUUGGAGGCGAGGUCCUGGGAAGGCUUCUGGUUGUUUAUCCAUGGACCCAGAGAUUCUUUGACAAUUUUGGCAACUUAUCCUCUGAGUCUGCCAUAAUGGGCAACCCCAAGGUCAAGGCCCAUGGCAAGAAGGUACUGACCUCCUUUGGAAACGCUGUUAAACAUAUGGAUGACCUCAAGGACACCUUUGCUGAGCUGAGUGAGCUGCAUUGUGACAAGAUGCAUGUGGAUCCUGAGAACUUCAAGAACCUGGACUAAGCAAGACAAAAUAACAGCAAUCUUUUCAAUGGAUGAUUGUGAACCCUGCCCCCUUUAGCAGUGAUGGAAUGCUCUCGUAUACAUGGCAGAAGAUUCUUUGUCAUGUGAGUGACCAAACAAUUUGAAUGUACAUAUUAUCUGGGGACUUAGACUACACUUGCAGUACUAUAAUCCUACUUAAAAAAAAGACAGAGUCUCUACAAAAGAGAAGCCAUCCAUAGCAAUAUUCUAAUGUGGAAGCUGGCAGGGCAAAUGAGAGAAGGCCAGACACAAUGGAAAGUUCAGGGCUAGGAGUCCUAUUGAUGCCGAUGUCAAGCAUAUUAUGGUAAACUUCUGUGGGAUCAUGACCCUGAAAGUUACUCAAUCUCUUAUCAGGAAGAUAAUGGAUGUGACCAGCUUGAGGCUUUCUGUUCACUAGGUACCAUUUUCUUUUUAUCCCCACUCUCU